GGAGACGGCGUCUACUUUUACCUACCGAAGUCCAUCUACGGUGCGGGGAAACAUGAUGAUGCAUAAUUUAAGAGCUCGGCAGAUGCGCGUUUCCCCAGCCGCCAAGAAGAUGUCGGAGUAGUCCCGACAGUCCAACUAUCUAUAAGACACUGCGAUGGCCUCAACGACAGCUGAAGCGCGGGACGACACUGACAGCAAACAUGCCAUCACAACAUGUCCUCGCCCUCACCGCCGCCCUCCAGGCCACGGUGGCCCUGGGCUCGCCCACAGGCGCAUGCCCCUUGGCCGUCACGCUCGAGGACUACGGCUCCUUCACCAGCACGAUCGUCUCGGAGACGCUGAGUGAGAACCCGUUGCCCAAACCUGUCGAUGCAUGGCUGGGCAUCGACUAUGCCACCCAGCCCACAGGCGACCACCGCUUCCGCCCCGUCACCUCGCCCGCUGUCUUUGAUGGCGUCAAGGCCGCCGACAAGUAUGGCAAAAUCUGCGUCCAGGACGCCACACGGAUCGACGUCCAACUCCAAGACGAGGCCUGCCUGAACUUCAACGUCUACCGCACACAGGGCGUCUCCAUGGACGAGAAGCUGCCCGUCCUCGUUUGGAUCCAUGGCGGCUCCUUCAACAUUGGCAGCUACAAGAGCUUUGACGGAGCAGCGUUUGCGGCGUCCUCAGAGCAGCCCAUCGUCGUGGUCAACUUCCACUACCGCCUCAACUCGCUCGGCUUCCUGCCCUCGGCGCUAAUGGAAGAGGAGGGCCUGCUGAAUCUGGGAUUGAUGGAUCAGCACCUCUUUUUGCAGUUUGUGCAAAAGCACAUUGCGUCCUUUGGAGGCGAUCCCGACAGGGUCACGCUGGGUGGACGCUCGGCAGGGGCGCACUCCACGGGCAUUCACUACUUCCACAACUAUGCCAUCGGGGACGACGAGAGCGCCUCUCCCAAGCCUCUGUUCGCUGGGGCCAUCCACCAGUCCGGGUCCGUCACCGCGCGCGCAUUCCCCAAUGCGACAUAUCCCCUGUAUGAGCAGCAGAUGGAGGAGUACAUGUCAUUCUUAGACUGUUCUCACGGGUCCGACGUGCCCAAUGAAGAGUCUCUUGCCUGUCUGCGGGACGCCGAUAUUAACUCCAUCCGCGAGAUCAGCGCGGCCAUCUACGACAAAUAUGACCCCGUUCUCACUUGGCCUUUCCAGCCGACCCAGGGUGGUUUUCUCCUCGAAAAGUUCGGCUCCCAGUCCGGUUAUGAUGGCACAUUCUUCCACGUGCCCACCAUCACCUCGACGACCACAAACGAGGGCAGGUUCUACACACCCGGCAACCUGGAGACAAACGAGGACUGGCUCGACUACCUGCACAACAUCUCACCAGAGCUCACAGACGCUGACCUGGCGCUACUCGUGGAUCUGUACCCCGAUCCUGCCACCGACACCGACUCGCCGUACGCCCACUCGCCCAACAGCACCCAGUACAAACGCAUCUCCGCCGCCUGGUCGGAUUACGCCUACCUGUGCCCUAGCCAGGAGACCGCCCAAGUAGCAUCCCGCGCAGGCGUCCCCGUCUACAAGCUCCGCUUCAACACGAACCAGACCUUCCCCGCCUGGCAGGGCAUCCCCCACACGGCGGACACCAUGUACACCUGGGAUGAGCCCGACGUGCAGCACCCCGAGAUCAGCAAGGUGUACCACGCAUACCUCGCGAGCUUUGUCGCGAGCGGUGAUCCCAACACGUUCCGCUGGGAGGGGACGCCCGCGUGGCCCUUGUAUGAACCGGAACAGGGCGGGGACGAGAGGCCCAAGCAGCUGGUCGUGCAGCCGGGAGACGCCAAAGUCGAGAGGGACGACGUGAGGACGGACGCUUGCCAAUUCUGGCGGGAUCCCGCGCGGCAGUCCAGGCUGAAUAAAUGAAAGCGUAUCAUGUCUCGUCGUUAUAGGAGUACAUACAGGAGAGAGAGUACAUAUACUAGAGUACAACACUGCCUAGCUGGCCUCCAGCUCGCCUGUAGAAAACCACUCGCACCGUAUCCUCAACUCUCCGACGCCUUGCUCGAGCAGGAAGUUCCGGACACUGGCCGCGAAAGCAUCAGGACCGCAGAUAAAAUACUCGGCCGCGCCGUGGUCCAGGCCCAGGACACUCCUCUCCACCCUCUCCAGCUCCGUCCGCACACUCUCAA